AUGGGCGGCUUAGGAACGAUUGCCAACCCUGGCUACCCGGUCCGAGUUGCGAUUGCAGUCAUGACGACAAUAUUCGGCGUGGGCUUCUGUCUUGGCUGGGCCCCCAUCUCACACAUCGUCGCGGCGGAAAUCCCCUCUGCCCGACUUCGAGACGCCACCUACUCUUUUGGCUCCGCGUUCAACAUCCUGGUGGGAUUUAUAUUUGGAUCUUUCGCCGUCCUUGCCAUCUUAUUUUCUUACUUCUGCGUUCCAGAGUGCAAGGGCAAGUCGCUCGAAGAGAUAGACGAACUCUUCGCCAGAGGUGUCUCACUCCGCAAGUUUAACGAGACGACCAUGAGGCGAGUUGAGAUUGAGGAGAAAAUCUAAAGGGUGACAGAGCACCAGGCCUAUCCCCGUAUAAUGUUCCACGUUCAAGCUUUAAUGAUUAUGAAGCAUAUUGUUGUUGCGUCUAAGAAUGCUGGCGAGCCACGAUGAACCGCGUCUAGUGGGAGG